AUGGAGGAAAUUAAAGAGUAUUUGACAGAAAUCAUGGCAGGUUUUAAAGAGAAUAUCAAAGAAAUGCGAGAGCUUUUCAGUGAAUACCGGGAAAUGAUAGGAAUACUCAAAGAAGAAAAUAAAACAAUGAAGGAAGAAAUUCAAGAACUAAAUAAGAGAGUAAUGAGUUUAGAAAAAGCCAAUGAAACGAUGGAACAACUAGAGAAAAACAGCAAGAGAAAUAACAUAGUGAUAAGCGGACUUAAAAUAGAAGAGAAUAAAGAAAAGCAAAAAGAGGUAAUUAAAACUUUUAUCAAGGAUACUUUAAAAAUCGAAUCAAACAUCACUAAGGUAACGAAGAUAAACGAAAGUAUGUGCAUCGCAGAAAUAGCAAACUACGAAAAGAAGACCGAAAUAAUGCGAAACAAAUACAAAUUAAAAGAAAUUUCAGGUAGCCCUGUUUACAUAAAACAUGAUCUAACAAAACAAGAGAGGAAAGUGCAAAAACUACUUACAGAAAAAGCAAAUGAAGAAAGGCGUUUAAACAAAAACGUAAAGAUUGGGUACCAGAAAAUUACAAUCAAUGGGAAGACUUUCAAAUGGAAUAAUGAAACAAAUGACAUAGUAGAAAUGAAAAAGAAAGUUUUUUCAAAAAACUAG